GUUUUUAUUGUCUUUUCCUAUGACACAUUAUAUAAAAUGAAUGUCAUACUAUUUUCUCACAAAUUCAAAAUUGAAAGUGUAAGAAAAUUUGUAUAAAAAGCAAUCCAUUUGAACCAGACAGAAACAGAGGCAAAUCUAUCAAGAUUAUCUGUUAAUAAAAAAUGGAUACAAAUUCAUUGAGUAAUUUAAAAAAUGCUUCAAAACCAUUUGUGUCCAUACAAAGUAAUAUUAACGUAACAGGGAAUCACAAAAGCUCUUUUAAUGAAAUUGUAACCUCAGAAACAAACCAAGAAUUGAGAUUAGAAAGCAGUCAAAUAUAUCCACCAAAUCAAGAUUUUAAUUCUAACAAAGAAGAAAUCGGACGUGAACUGAAAGAAAAUAAUGAAAAAAUAGUAGAAUACAUUGUUUGUUUGAGACAACACAGAGAAGAAUUAACCUACAUAAUUGAUAAGCAAUACAAAGAAAGAAAAAAAUUAGAAACUGAAAUGGAAAGGGUUACAUACAAAUUAUGUUUGAUAAAUAAAAGUAUGGCACAAAGAAUAAAAACAAAAAAAUUAUAUGAUGAUACUAUUGCAGAAAUCGAGAGUAACUACUGUCAUCUUAUCAAAGAUUCAGAGAAGAUUUUAGGUGUGAUCAGAAGUGAAUACGAAAAACUGGAAUCAACGUUAAAUAAAAAAACUAGUACCGAGGAAACAGAUCUUACAGAUGAGAACGCUAGUGGUGAACAUGUCGGCAAGGCGUUUAAAUGUCCAAAACUGAUAUCUACACUGGAUAAAAUUGGAACAAAAUACUCAAACCCUAGUAACGACACUUUCAAAUGACUAAUUACACCAAAUAAUGGAGAUUGAAUCUAAUAUUUAUAUGACACUGGAUAUUGUUUUUGGAAUAUACAAUUCUUAAGAUUUUUUAAAAUGAAGAUGAAAUUUUAUAUAGGUUUUUUAUGGGCUGUAUAAGGAAUUAAUAUAACCAAUGUAUCUAAAUUUUUAAUAAAAUCCAUAAUAAGAGUA